AUGCAGGGCCAUACCCAGCCGACGCCCGGCGAUGUCGAUGCGGGCGACAUCUCCACGAUGACGAUGGAUCUGCCGAGCGUGGCCAUGGGCCGCGUUGACACUGACACCGGCACAGUGUCACCGUCACACCCUGGGUAUCUGAUUGUGCGCCGCGUCCGCGGCACGAGGUCGCCUGGUGGGGGCGGGUCUCUCCCCUUCACGAACGCCUCGAAAGCUUACGUGGAGCUGUUCUUGAAGGACGAGGUGUCACUGCUACAGAGCUCGUCAAAGAGGACAGGGCUGAUCCCAAAGCAGCGCAAUCCGAUCUGGAACCAAGAGUUCACGUUCGCCGUAAAACGGUCAUCGGCGGCCUUGCUUCUGCACCUUGACGUGUGGGACCACGAUGCCGAGAGGGAAGAUUCUUCGCUGGGCAAGGCGUCCCUGACGCUGGACCCCAGCCUCCUGCGGCAGGCCUCCAGGGCGCGCCAGGUGAGGGUCCUGCCACUGUCGGACAGCCUCGAGGGCAUCCGCCUGCCGAUGGCGGGCCGAGCUGGCAGCGUCCGCGUGGAGAUCGGGCGGGAGCCAGGCGGCGGGAAAUGGACGGGAGUUGGCGGCACUGUCACUGUCUGGAGGAUGAUCGCAUCGCCGCCUGUACUGCGCUUGGCUGCCAUCGCGAUGAGCGGACUGGCGGGCCUGAUGAUGGCGUCAUCGCUCCAGAGCAAGAUGCGUGGGGCCACAUGCCCCCCAACUCUGAUGUCGUUGGCGGAGUCGGGUCUAGACGAUCGUGGCGCCAAGAGACUCGUGGACCACAGGCAGGAUUUCACAAUUGAGGAGACGAUCAAACCAGAAGUACAGAUGGGUGGUUUUCAGAUGGGCGUGAACUUAGCGUUCUGCCCCGUGUUCAAGUUAUCUGCUAUUCGAGUUGUUACUUGGCUGCUCCAGGGAUCCGCGAUGUUCUUCUCGUGCUUGGCCUGGCUGCUCGCUUGGCUGGAGGACGGGCCAUCGAGCUUUCUCGCCGAGGGUGCCUAUAUCGACUGCGUUGCUACGUCCCUCAUGCUGGUUACCAUCUUGCUCUUCAGAAACGCCGCCCUGCGGCAGGAUAACCUGGAGAAGUGGGUCUACCACCAUGAUCCCACAUGUGCCGACAGGUCCACGAGCAAUCCUAGCCCCAUGAGAUUUCCAAACUUUGGUGCCUCCCACCAGCUGGAGGAGUUCCAGGCCAACCUCAUGACGCAGCUGGAGCGGCAGAGGGAACUCUUGGAGGAGCGAGUGCGGGAGCUGCAGGAGCGUGUGCACAGCAAGCUCCAGGAGGGCCCCAGCAUGUUCCAGGAGGCAGCGCAGCCGCUGGUGAGCCUGACGAGCGUCGUGGUGGUGAACACGACAGCGACCGUCGUGGAGGUGGGCGUCGCGCCGAGGCUCGGGCAGAUACUCGUGGACCAGAUCCAACGCCUCGUGGCCAACCAGUUCGGAGCGGCCCAGGCCUCCAUCGAGGCCAAUCUGUCGGCCUCCCUGUCCACCUUGGUCACCAGCAGCAUCCAGGCUAUGCAGGGCUCGCUCCAAGCGGGCAUUGUGCAGUCCAUGCAGACCCAGCUCGGCCCGGUCCACACCAAGCACUCCGAGCUCGAACGCGAGCUCCACGUCUGCCGGGACUCCACCCGCAAGCUGGAACGUGAGCAGCGUCAGCUCAAAGACACCGUCAAGAAGAUGGAGGAGGUCCUCGCGAUCGCGGAGGCCAAGCUGCCCGCCUUCACAAUGCAGCAGCUGGCAGAAUGGGACCGCCCUCCUGAGCCCACUGUCUUCUCUUGUGGCAGCCCUGGCGUCUUCACCGCCGACGCCCUCAAGACUGCUGUGGCCCAAUGGUUCGCAGACGCAGGUGUGCCCAUCGACUGCAUGCGAGUUGUCGGCUCGGAGGCUCCCAACAAGCGCUUCAACAUACAGAUCGAAGGAGGUGCCGAGGCCGCCGCCCGCGCCUUGGCGCUCACAAGGUGCCUUAAGGUCAGCGGCCGCUGGCGCAACUUCGUGGUCCACAACGCCGCUAACCAACCGCAGCCGCUUUACGUCAGCGGGGACAAGAGCCCCAAAGACGUCCGACGCGAGGUGCAGUCCAAGAAGCUGCACGCCCUUCUCGAACACGAUCGCCCUGACCUCCAACGGAAGGUCAAGCGGGCAACCGGCACCAUCAGCGUUGACGCAGUCCGCGUCUGCGAGCUCCAGGUGGGCGCCAUGGACGAGCCGACCUCCAUCAUCUGGAACCCGCACACCAUCGAACGCUACAGCAUCGACUACGUCAAGUACCGAUCCCAAUUCGCCAACAUGUUCACCACCAUGUCGACAGAUGGCUCGCCCGCGGGAUACGGAGGAGUGGCAGUCCUCGUCCCACACUCGGCGGCCGAUGCGAUCGCGGCGCUGACUGCGGAGGACCGGCCCCAGCAGUGGCAAGACAUCGUCGUGCCUGGCCGGGUGCAGGUCGUCCACAUCCAUAACCCCAUGUCCAAUGCCAGCAUGCGCAUUAUGAACGUUCACAAUUUUGACUUCACGGCUCCGCAGCUGGCCGCCACCGCGGCUGCGUGGCACGCUGCUGCAUGUUGGGCCGCCGAGGACGUGGAGAAUCGGACGUUCAUCGCAAUCGGCGACUUCAAUUUGAAUGCGUCGCAGACGGCCUCCUACAUCCAUCCUGCACCUGGGCAGGCUCGCCGGCCAGCCGUGCGCUACCGGCAGCAUCCGCGACAGUGGAAGGACAUGUUCGAUGACCAGAUGAUCGAGGUCACCAGCGAGCUCCCUACGAGAUACGACAAGACGACGGACACGGCCACUUGCAUAGAUCGUGCAUUCGUGUCGCUGCCGCCGCAGUUUGUGGAACAGCUCGCGUGCGACUUUGAGGUUCAUCGCGAGGCGGCCAGCUACGCAGAGUGGAAUCUCAGUAGCAUCCCGCCGUACAUAUUCAAGGCGCCGCUGUACGCGAAGACUCUGGGCACUCUGCUGACGGCGCUGGACGCGGUCAUCCUGCCUCCCGAGCUGCGCCUCAAGGAGACCAAGAGGAUGAUGAAGGAGGCCGCCAUGAUCACGCGGGACACUCUUUCCAGGAUCCCUGAGGGCACCGAGCGCGGCGAGCCUGCUGCACUCGAGGCGCGCCGGCAGACGCUCCGCAGCAUCGCCCGCGCCAUCUGGCGCCAAGACGUCUGGCUGGCGCGCCGCCUAUCUGCCAACACGUCGCUGGGGGUGCAGUUCCUCAGCUUCGACUCCGACAGCGUCCCCCUCGCCGACCCUGCCGCGUUUGAGGAGGCCAUCGUGUCCACAAAUGCGAGGUGGCACGAGAAGCAGGUCCGCGCUGCAGCGUGGCGCGUGCGGAACAACAGCCAGCCCGAGAGCGGGGAACAGCUCCAGCGCCGCGAGGCUGCCGCGCGCCGCCGCGCCGCGCUCUGGGCACCGUUCCGGAAGCGGCUCGUGCAUUACGGCCUGCACGUGCGGGGCGCUGGCUUAGCCGGGUACGUCGCCAGGCAGCCUGGCGAGAUAGCCGACGCAUUGGUCAAGCAUUGGUCCGCCGUCUUCUUCGGCGAGGACACCUGCGACGCCGACAUCGACCGUUUCUUGGAUGCGUCCCUGCCCGUUCUUCCAUACAUGGACCUUCCUAUCCCGUCGCAGGCGCAACUGACUGCCGCCUUCAAGCGCGCACGCCGCGCGGCUCCUGGGCCCGACGGCUUGCCAGUGGAUGCGUGGCUAGCGUGUCCACGCGCGAUGGAGGCCGUCUACCCAAUGCUGUUGAAGCUCUUCGACGGCAGCAUGGUUGCGCCAGGUGGGCCUGCCAGCGAACAUGCCUCAGGCACGGAUGGCCUUCACGCAGGCAUGACGCGCCAGGACGGGUCGUCGGAGGGCCGCUCCACGUCACGCAGCGGGCGUGGGCCCCCGCGGACCGCUGGCCCCGUGGACCUGGACGAGGACCUGGAGAACUGGCGGCGGCAGCACGCGCGCGACGCCAGCGCGGAAGCGAGCUCGAGCAUGUCGCAAGCCUUCCAGACGGCGCUCGUCGAGAUGGCGCAGCAGAACGACGGCCGCUUCCAGGCGAUGGAGGACCGUAUCACGCCAGUGGAGGAGAAGAUGGUACAGGUCGACCAAAUGCAGAAGGAUACCCAGAAGCUCAAGGAAGAGCUGGUGGUGCUCAACGCGGGCGUCCCUGCGGCGCCCUCUGGUGGCAACUGGGACAGGACGCCAGACCCCGCGGUCGUCACGGUCUUCGCCAAGACUGCGCUCUCCAAGCUGGCUGUGGAGCAAGCGCUGGCCCCGCUGGUGGCGGAGGCGCAGCUCAACGACCACGUCGUGCUGGAGGGCGACGCGGUGUCGCAGCGCUUCCUCCUCCGCUGCAAGGGCGCGGCAGCUCUGGCGGCUCGGCGGGUCAACAAGCUGCUGCAGCUCAUGCGCUUGGGGCAGGGACAAUGGCGAGAGAUCCACGCGUCGGCCCCGACGGGAGCGCAGGUCCUCCUCAAUCUGGGUAAGGAUCGGAACCGUCGCCAAGUCAGUCACGAGCUGGCUCUCAAGAAGAUCAAGCAAGGGAUUCAAGGUGUACUUCCGCACAAGCUCUUCAUGGAGAAGGACGCGGCGGCGCUGUCGCUGCAGUGGGCGCAGUUGCUGCGGGUGGAGAUCGAAUCCCCGACGGCGUGCCCCCAGGUGCUCUGGAACAUGGCGUGCAUCAGGAAGUUCAACCUCGACAAGGACGCGCUGGCGGAGGAGUUCGCGUCGUGGAACACCCGGGCUUUCGCCAGCUACUUGCCGAGGCUCAUCAAGGGGAAGAUGCGUUACCUGCAGACGCACUGGCGGGGGCCAGUCGUACUGGGGUUGCAGGAGACGCACGCGGGCUUGGAGACCAUGCAGCAGCUGCUUUGUCGUACUGCCCGAGGUUUUGUUUGCUUUGCUUCUUCACCGAUCGGAGCUCAAUCUGAUGCGGGCGGGGUGGCCACUGUCUUCCCCGCGCAGACGAGUGGAGACCGCAUCACCUACAUCCCGUUUGACGCUGUUCCUGGCCGUGCCCUCAGGGUUACGGCCUCCAAGUCAGGCGCUGAGCUCCGCCACUGGAACGUGCGCAACCACGGCUUCACGGUGGACGUGCGCACCCGUCUUCUUCAACAUAUUCGAGCUGACCUUGCUUGGGCCCACGCUGACCCUGCGGCCCGUGCAGUGGUUGUAGUGGGCGACUUCAAUUACGGCGACGUCUUGGAGCAGGAAGUGUUCAGCGCGCAGCCUCCUGGGCCUGCGCCGUCUGGGCCGAGGGCGCAUGCCCAGCGCGCCUGGGAGGAGGCGGCGCGCCUGGCGGUGGACCUGCUCUGGCAAUCUGCCUCGGUGCGCGGCGAGCCGAGGGAGCUGCGCAUCAACGAGGCGAGCGACCGCGCGAUGGUCUUCGCAUCGGUUGCGCCGAGGGCGCCGCGGCCCCGCUCUCGGGGCCCCGCCCCCAUCCCGAGGAGGCUGGUCCAGAUGCCGCGCUACCGCGAGAUCGUGGAGCUCUACUGCGCGGAGGUGUGCUGGGACAAGAUGGCCCCUCCCGACGCGUACGCGGCGUACGUCGCGUCCCUCCAGGCGGCGGCCAAGCUCCUGCAGGCCGAGCCGCUGGCGACCAACGGCGGCGCGAAGGGCCCCAACGCCAUGAUCUGGAGGCAACUGGCCCGAGCGUUCUGGCGCCAGGACGCUGCGCUGGCGAGGGUGGUGAUGGCGCAGAACCCCUGGGCGAAUGACAUGAUUGAGCUGGGGCCGCAGGGUCAGCCCCACCGCGUGGCGCUCAAGGGCCCAGCCGAGUUCGAGCGUCGCUACGCGAUGGCCCAGCGGCGCGAGGCGGCUGCCAGCAGGCGCGAGGCGCAGGCAGAGGCUGAGGAGGAGUCUGCUGAGGAACUGCGCAAGCGCAUGAUCGCGCAAGUUCGCGCCCUCCAGCGGCGUGCACAACUCUGGGCCCCUCGGGGGGCCAGGCAGCACCUGGCCGCGGUGGACCUUCCCCAGGGCGCGGUGACCACGCAAGAGGGCAUGGCCGAGGCGCUGGCGGCCCACUGGAAGCCUGUCUUCGACCCGCCCAAGGACCCAGUCUUCGAGCGGAGGAAGGCGAGGAUGCAGAAGUUGUACCUCGAGCGCUUCGCCACGCCGGCCCCCGACUGGGACGCGCUCCCGCCGCCCGGUCCUGAGGCUCUGCGCCAGGCGGUGGCCCGCGCCAGGCCUGCGGCGCCUGGCCCUGAUGGCCUGCCUGCAGCAGCGUGGGGAGCGGCGAAGCAGGGUGUAGAAAUCCUCUAUCGCGCGUCGGUCUGGCUUCGCUCGAGAUACCCGACGAGGUCCGAUUUCAAUUGUGCCAUUGGAGUCGACCCUUUUGUCCGUGAUCUAGAUUCGGCCCUCUCGGGCGGUGAUUGUGUGGGCAAGGGGCUCGCCAGAUGGUGUGCGGACGACUGCGGAGCUGUGAUCUGGGGGGCCCCUGGCCGCAAAGUUCUGCGCCGCGUCUUCUCGGUUUCGGGAAAGGUCGCGAACCUGCAUCUUCGGCCCAGCAAAUGCUUCUGCGUCCCCCUGUGGGCCCCGUUCUCGCCAGCCAUCCAGAAUCAAACCCAGCAGUACUUGCAGGAAACCUCGAGUGAGUGGCGGCUGUUCCAGGUCGUCUCGGAAUUAGACUACUUGGGAUGCGUCUUAGGCCCCUCCACCACGAUGCGCGCGCAGUGGGCGCCAGUUGUGCAGAAGUACAGAGACCGCACGCGCGCGAUUGCGAGCACGGGCGCAGAUGCGGCAGCGUGUGGCGUGCUGUACAUAGAGAGAGAGAGAGCUGUGAGCGUCCUGCAGUAUAAAUCGCAGCUCUUCGAACUUCCCAGAGCUGGGGUGGCGGAUGAGCGGCACCAUCUCACUCGUCUCUUCCGAGCGCCGGGCUCGUGGCCCCCCCUUCGCUGCUUCUUCGACCUCCACCCCUUCGGUGGCCCUUCGCUCCCCCCGCUCCGCGCUGUCGCCCUCGCGGCCCGAAUGCGAACCGCCCUCGAGACGACGACGGUCUGGAGAUCGCUUUGUCCGAGGCUUCAGGCGGAGGCGGAGGAACACCUCCCGAUGGCGCAGUGGGUCGGGCGGGGGAGAGGGCGCACCCCUUGGCCGAGCUUCUGGGUCGAGCCCCCGCUGGCUUGGAAUCUCCGCAGCGCGGCGGAGGCCUCGGACGAGCUCGGCCCCCUCGCCUCCCCCGCCCGCGCGGGCCUCGCCCUCUUGCGAGCUCGCCAGUCGGCCCUGCGGGAGGCGCUGGCGGCGGGCAGGCCCGCCCCGCCCGUCGAGCUGCAGAAGUGCCUCCAGGCGGGCAUUGCUCCCAUUCUUUACCCUUCCGCCUCCUCUCUCAUCCCUCUCAUUGCCCAGCGUCUCCAGAAAUGGUUCCAGGUCGGGGAGGACGUCUGUCGGGCGGUGGGCUGGGACGGCGUGGUGGGUCUUCUGAUGCGUUCCCCCCCGUCCUGGAGAAUGGCGGCCAUCAAGACGUGGACGGGGGGGUGGGUCACGGACACCCGCAUGCGCAACCCCGACCUGUCCUGUCUGACGGGGUGCGCGUGCCCAGACUCCCUCGCCCACUACGUGCGAUGCCCUGGAUUCCUUUUCCUCGUUCGCUCCGUGUCUGGGUCCGAGGUGCCCUCGGGCUCCCAGCAGCUCAGCGCCUUCCUGCGGCGCACCCGGCAGUGCAAGAUCAGGAAGGUGGUCCGCGAGGUCUACCUCCGGGACGACAUCGUGCCGGAGCCCUUCGAGGGCGCGGACCAGAUCCUCGUCCUGGACACGAACGUCGCCCUGCAUCAGCCCAUCAUCAUCGCGGAAGACCCCAGCGUGAAUCACGUGGUGGUGCCCUACACCGUGCUUCAGGAGGUGAGGCAUCGGCAGGUGGGCACGUACUACAGGCUGCGGGCGCUGUGCCGCGUGGAGGCAGAGGACGGCCAGACAGCGCAGCUGGAGGGCGCCGCCGAGAGUGGCCCCAGUGCCCGCGAGAUGUUGCGGGGGCGCAUGCGGAAGGACAUGUCCACAGCCCGGAACGCCAUGAAGUUCUACGUCUUCCCCAACGAAUUCUUCCGGGAGACAUACGUUAGCAGGAGACCAGAGGAGUCCCAGAAUGACCGCAACGACAGGGCCAUCCGCCGCGUGGCGCACUGGUAUCGGCGGCACGUUGAGGGGCCAGAGGUGGUGCUCCUCACAGACGACAGGGCUUGCAAGGCACGCGCUGUGAAAGACGGAUUGACAGCGCUCACGGCGCAGGAAUUUGUAGAGAAGAUGCGGGCCUUGUUCCCAGAGGCGGGAGAGAAGCUGGCGCUUCGUGGAGACGCGGAGGAAAUCGCCGGUGUUGCGGGUGAGGAGGAUGGCCGGGGCGAGAAGCGCAAAGCCAGCGCCGUGACCCGGGAGGGCCCGAAGGACGCCGUGUACCCGCCGCACUUGAAGGCGAGUCAGGUGGAGCAGGGGGUGAAACAGAAGAGGCUGCUGCAGGGGACCAUCCGGAUGCCCAACACCAGCUGCAUGCGCGGCACCGUCGCCUGCGGUGACGAGGAGAUCGAGAUCACGGGCCGCCUGGCGCUGAAUCGUGCGGUCGACGGCGACGUCGUCGCAGUCGAGAAGGUGGACGUCGUGGACGCGGGAUGCGAGCAGGAGAGGGCGCUCAAGCGCCCGCGCCUGGAAGCGGCUCAGACCCUCGGGGUGGCACCGCUCUCGGCCCGGCAGGAGGGCAGGGUGGUGGGCAUCAUCAAGCGGAACUGGCGGGAGUACUGCGGCACGCUGAAGCCCCUCAGCUCGGUGGUGGACGCUCGAGGCGCCAGCAAGGCCGAUCGCUUCUUCAUUCCCGCCGACGCGCGGCUGCCAAACAUCAUGAUACAGACCAGGAAUUCGGAGAGCCUGGAGGGCAAGCGGAUAGUGGUCGUCAUCGACAGCUGGGACCGGUUCAGCUCGUCGCCCCGGGGGCACUGGACCCAGAUCCUCGGCGACGCGGGCGACCGCAACGUCGAGAGUGCUGUCAUCCUCCACGAGCACGGCGUGAUCACCCGCGAGUUCAGCGAGGCAGUCCUGCGCUGCCUCCCGCCCGCAGACUUCACGCCGGGCCCAGAGGACAUCAGGGGCCGCCUGGACCUCCGCGGCGUCUGCGUGUGUUCGGUGGACCCCCCCGGCUGCAAGGACAUCGACGACGCCGUCUCGUGCGAGCCCUUGGCAAACGGGAACUUCCGCGUCGGCGUGCACAUCGCGGACGUCACCCAUUUUGUGCACCCCGGCUCUGCGGUGGACCGGGAGGCCGCCGAGAGGUGUACCACCGUGUAUCUGGUCGAGCGCCGCACGGACAUGCUGCCGGGCCUGCUGACCACCGACAUCUGCUCCCUGAGGGGCGGCGUGGAGCGCCUGACGUUCUCGGUGCUGUGGGAGAUGACGCCAGAGGCCCAAGUCGUGAGCACGACGUACAGCAAGGCCAUCAUCAAGUCCCGUGCCGCCCUGUCGUAUGCGCAAGCACAGGUCAUGAUAGACGACCCGUCCGACAAGUCCGAGGUCACGGUCGCUCUCAGGAAUCUUCUGAAGCUCACGCGUAUCAUUCGCGCGGGGCGGAUGGACCGUGGUGCCUUGGAGCUCGCGUCUCAGGAGGUUCGCUUCCAGCUGGACAGCGAGACGCAGGAUCCAACCGACGUGGCGGAAUACCAGUUGCGCGAGACCAACAAGCUGAUCGAGGAGCUCAUGCUCCUGGCCAACAACUCCGUUGCCUCCAAGAUCCUUGACGCCUUCCCGAUGUACGCGGUGCUUCGCCGGCACCCUCCCCCAAAGGAGGACGCCCUGAAGUCGUUGAAGAGACUUCUUUCGAAGAACGGCUUCGAAGACUUCCAGUUCGGCAGCAACAGGGAGCUCGGACAGUCGCUGGCACGGGCCUCGAAACCCGACGAUCCGUUCUUCAACAAACUCGUGCGGAUGAUGACGACCAGGUGCAUGAACCAGGCAGUUUACUUCUGCACGGGCCACGUGCAGGAGUCGCUCUACGGACACUACGGGCUGGCCAUGGAGCGCUACACCCACUUCACGUCGCCCAUCCGCAGGUACGCAGACGUCCUGGUGCACCGGCUGCUGGCCGCAGCCAUCGGCAUCACGCCGUUGCCGAACGAUUUGCAGUCCAAGCCAGACAUUGUUGAGCAGUGCGACAAGAUCAACGUCAGGCACCGGAUGGCGCAGUGGGCGAGCCAGGCUUCGGUUGGGCUGCACACGUUCAUGUUCUUUAACAAAAAGGGGGCACAGUCGGAGGAGGCCGUGGUCAUCCGAAUCCGCCGGUCGGGCAUGUCGGUUAUGAUCCAGCGCUACGGCAUCGACGGUUCGGUAUCGCUGCCCGAGGCCGAGUGGGAAGUGGACGAGGAGGAGCAGCAGGCGACCAGCCGGGCAGAUCCGUCAGUCAAGAUAGGGGUAUUCGGCCGCAUCAUUGUCAGAGUUGAGGCGGACGGUUCCGAAUUCCGCAACAAGACACGAUUGGAAUUCGAGCGAGUGUGCAAGAGCAGCGAGCGCAUCGAUGCAGAGGAGGCGCUGGAAUUCCAGAGGAAGGUGGCCGAGGAGAUGUUCCCUGACAAGAUUGAGCGCGAGGCGAAUUGA